UUUAUGGCAUGGGAAGAACUUGGUGAGCACUCUUUGUGAAGCUUCCUUAACAUCAUUGAGACAGUCAGUGAGUAAGCAUGAGUUUAUCCAGCAUGAGCACUGAGUCAGAUUUUUCCGAAGAUGAGCAGGAGGGCUGUGCAUCGGGCUUGGAGGUUUCAGACAGCCCCAGUGAAAAUCCUUUGAGGAAUCUGUCAACUGCCUCGGGAAGUGAUCUCCUGGAGGUCAGCGUUGCUAAAAAGCGAAGGCGGCCGGCUCGGUCCAAAGCCCGCAGGGUUGCCGCGAACGUACGAGAACGCAAGCGCAUCCUGGACUACAACCAAGCCUUUAAUGCAUUACGCUUGGUGCUCAAUCACGACCUGAGCGGCAAACGUCUAUCCAAGAUCGCAACUCUGCGCCGGGCCAUCCAUCGCAUCUCAGCUCUGUCUGAGCUCUUACAGUCCAACUCACAAGAGGAACCAGACGCACCAUCGAGCAUCCAACCGAAAGAACUGUCAAAGAACUGGUCAGACAGUCAGCAGCAAGAAGAGCACCCCAGAACCUCUCUGUUAUCUGGAGCUGUUGGAUCAUCAGUUCCUUCUUAUAGAAACUUCUCUUCUUCAUGCACAUACUCUGCAGAGGAUCAGAACUCUCCAUGCUAUAGCCACGGCCCUGAAUUUCAGUUCGGCUUUAAACGCAUGGAAGGGUUUUCGGAUGCUCCGGCUAUGCCUUUCCCAUGGCAGUGGCAGUGCUCAGGAUUCCAGCAGCAGUCUCUAAGUAUGCACUGA